AUGGCCACCGCAUCAGUAUCAACCCCCAUCAAGUCCCACAAGGGACUCUUCUCGUCUCGCACCGCCGGCGGACGGAUGCCCCUCACCCCUUCUCCCCGCCAAGCCUCCACCACCACCGUCCCCGUCAACCUGAACUCGUCCCCCUUCAGCCCCGAGGGCCGCGCCACCAAUGACUGCCGCGGGUCUUCCAAGUCGACAUAUGGGGGAAACCUCAUGGCACACCUUUCUCGACCUGCGUCCAGGGCCUCCCACAAAGAGUCGCCCAAGUCCAACAUUGCCCGCGGCGUCCAGACGCCACGCAAGGCCCUCGAGCUGGGCGUGUCCGACUUUGCUCUGACCGGAACCGGCAAGACGCCUGCUAGCUCCAAAUCCCGCAAGGCGCCGCUGCGCCAAAAGUCUAACAAGACGACUCUCAACUACAGCGGCGACCGUUUCAUCCCCAACCGCGGAGCCAGCUCGGCCAUUGCCAACUCGGGCUCGAGCAAGCUGAGCCUGAGUGACCGCCAACGCAACAAGAGCAGCAACGUCGAGAGCUCGACGGUAUUGUCAUCGGCGGCCGACGAGGCUGUCGCGGCGCUCGAGAGCCUCAACAUCGACGACGACGAGGCGGAGAGCUACUCGCGGCCAUCCCCCAAUACGGUUGCCUACCAGGACUCGCUGGCCAGCGCCUGCGGCGUCAACCUGAGCACCCGGAUUCUCGAGUUCAAACCUGCCCCCCCCGAGUCUUCCAAGCCCAUCGACCUUCGACAGCAGUAUAACAGGCCUCUUAAGCCUGCCAGCACGAGCUCUGCACAGCUGCGUCGGCGCAUCGCCACCGCCCCCGAGCGUGUACUCGACGCCCCAGGCCUCAUCGAUGACUACUACCUGAACCUGCUCGACUGGAGCUCGGGCAAUCAGGUUGCCAUCGGCCUGGAACGCAGCGUGUAUGUCUGGUCUGCCGAGGAGGGCAGCGUCAGCUGCUUGCUCGAGAGCCCCGCCGACACCUACGUCAGCAGCGUCAAGUGGUCUGAUGAUGGUGCCUACGUCGGCGUCGGCCUAGGAACCGGCGAGGUUCAGAUCUGGGACGUUGCCGAAAGCCAGAAGAUUCGCAGCAUGUUUGGCCACGAUACUCGGGUUGGCGUCAUGGGCUGGAGCAAGCACCUGCUGUCUACGGGCGCACGGAGCGGCCUGGUCUUCAACCACGACGUCCGCAUUGCCGAGCACAAGGUUGCCGAGCUCGUCUCCCACACGUCCGAGGUGUGCGGCCUGGAGUGGCGAUCGGACGGUGCGCAGCUUGCUACGGGCGGCAACGACAACCUGGUCUCCAUUUGGGACGCCCGGUCCCUGUCUGUUCCCAAGUUCACCAAGACGAACCACAAGGCGGCCGUCAAGGCCCUCGCGUGGUGCCCUUGGAAUAUGAACCUGCUGGCCACCGGAGGCGGCUCGUACGACCGUCACAUCCACUUCUGGAACUCGACCUCGGGCGCUCGCGUGAACAGCAUUGACACUGGAUCUCAAGUCACGUCGCUGCGCUGGAGCCCCCACUACCGUGAGAUUGUCAGCUCCAGCGGCUUUCCCGACAACUCGCUCAGCAUCUGGAGCUACCCGACGCUGGUGCGCAACGUCGAGAUCCCUGCCCACGAGAGCCGAGUUCUGCAUAGCUGUCUCAGCCCCGACGGCCAAAUGCUGGCCACAGCUGCUGCCGACGAGAGCCUCAAGUUCUGGAAAGUGUUUGAAAAGAAGGCUGGAGCCGCUGGAGGCAUUGGCGGUGCCGGAGCGUCUGGCAAGGCCGACAUGGUCAAGCAGAUGACGAUUCGGUAG